AGGAUAAGCAAUCUCAGUCCCGAGCACCAACUGGAAGCGAGAAGAAGAAGAGACUCUCCGAAUCUAAUCCAUCCGCGGCGCCGGCGGCGGCGUGAAAGAGAUUUCAAAUCGCCCCUCCGGCGGGCGCAGUGGAGCGAAGGGGGACGGGAUCGUGGGAGAUAAGGUUCGGGGUUGAGGAUGGGAGGCAACGAAGUUAAGAUUUUGCGGCCACUGGUUCACUUGCUGGUUCCUCUCUUCGUCCACUGGAUUGCGGAGGAGAUGACGGUAUCGGUUCUGGUGGAUGUCACCACCCGAGCCCUUUGCCCUGGCCAGAGCUCUUGCCCGGAGGUCAUCUACAUCACCGGCGUCCAACAGACGGUUGUAGGCAUAUUUAAAAUGGUGGUUCUUCCCCUCUUGGGUCAGCUAGCAGAUGAGUAUGGGCGUAAACCACUCCUUCUGAUUACUAUUUCCACAUCCAUAGUGCCAUUUGCCAUACUUGCUUGGGAUGAUUCCAGGGCAGCUGUUUACGUGCACUUUGUACUUCGCACAAUAUCCUACAUAUUUAGUCAAGGAAGCAUAUCGUGCAUUGCAAUUGCUUAUGCUGCUGAUGUCAUUGAGGUUGGCAAGAGAUCUGUAGCAUUUGGUUGGAUUACUGGGCUUUUCUCUGCCGCUCAUGUGCUGGGAAACAUCUUAGCACGUUUUCUACCUGAAGAAUGGAUAUUUGAGGUGUCAAUUUGUUUGUUGGUUUGCUCCACAAUAUACAUGAAAGUAUUUCUCAUUGAGACUCUCAGGGCUGCUCCAAGACAAAGUGAUAACAGAUCAUGUUCAACCAUUUUUCUCAAUGUGAUCAUAGAACGUUGGAACUCAAUAAAAGAUACUAUUUUUGUCUUUCGCAAUAGUGAAACUCUCAAGCGCAUCUCAUUAAUCUCCUUCUUCUAUGAACUGGGAAUGUCUGGCAUCAGUAGCAUCUUGCUGUACUAUCUUAAGGCGGCCUUUGGAUUCAACAAAAACCAGUUCUCAGAGAUCCUAUUGAUGGUUAGCUUUGGAUCUAUAUUUUCUCAGAUCUUGGUUCUUCCUUUUAUCAAUGCUAUUAUGGGAGAAAAGGGUGUACUUUGUCUUGCUUUGAUUUCUUCAAUAGCUUAUAGUGUACUUUAUGGCAUUGCAUGGGCUCGUUGGGUUCCUUACCUUAGUGCAUCAUUUGGAGUCAUCUAUGUUCUUGUUAAACCAUCUACUUUUGCUAUUAUUUCAAAGGCGGCUAUUUCAAGUGAUCAGGGAAAAGCACAAGGACUGAUUGCUGGUGUGCAAUCCAUUGCAAGUUUGCUGUCGCCUAUUGUAAUGAGCCCACUGACAUCUCUUUUUAUUUCAAGUGAUGCCCCUUUCGAUUUCAAAGGUUUCAGCAUCCUUGUUGCUUCAAUCUCUAUGGUCAUUUCGCUUGGCCACGCUUGUAUGCUUAACCUUGAACGUCCCGAUAAAGCAACUGCUAACAACAAAAGGCCAUGCGGUGAAGAAGCUAUCGAAGCGCCUCUUAUAGCACAGCCUUGAGAUGCUCUUGUGUAGUAGUAAACCUUCGGCAUUGCGGUGUGAAAAAUAUAAAUAAACGUGUGCUUCCUAUGCUCGUAGACUCGAAGAAACUAAGAUUAUAUCAGCAGCAUAAAGAGAAGAUCUGAUUUUGAUUGCAUGGAUGAGCCAAAAGAAUGUAGAGAGUAGUGUAAAAAAGAUGGAGCUAUGAAGUAGGCUUGUAUAGAAAUUAGGUAAAAUGCUUAGCAAUUAUGUAAAUGAUUAAUUGGAACAACUCGAGCUAAUUCAUCCCAUUGUCAAAUGCUAAUAUGUCAUUUACUUCCAUGUCGAUAAUCCAAUUACCGUCUAGAAGAUAUUUGACGACAUAGUAUGUAUUGAAAAGUUGUUACUUUGUGAUCAAAAGAUCACGACUUCGAAUAUUGGAAACAGCCUCUUGUAAAAAGCAGAGUAAGAUUACGUACAAUGGAUCCUUUCUCGGGACCUCGCAUAGCGAAAGAUUUAUUUA